AUGCAGCGCCAGGAGGCUCGAUUCGAGCAACUCCAGGAAGUUGUGGAGCGGCAAGCGGCAGCGGCGACGGCCGCGACGGCGGUAGGAGAUCGCGAUCCGCCCGCACCUUCGACACCCACGCCGGUAGAGGCUGAGGGUGAGGGCAUAGCGGCGGUUCCGAUGGCGGCGGUUCCCCCGCUGACAAGUGCGCCUCCGACAGCUUCGGGUUCGGCGACACUCAAUACGACGGCUGACGAAGUGGAGCGGGAACGUGCGCUGACGGCUCUGAUGAAGUUCAUGAAGUUUAAGACACCAACUUUUGAACGGGGAAAAGUGGAGCCGUCGGUGGUGGAGUCUUGGUGUUUUCUUAUGGAUAGUAACAAGGCAAAGAGAUGGGUAGACUAUAGCAGAGUGAGUAAAGAAUAUUUGGAUGGAGUAGAGGCCUUUCUUAAUUUUGCAUUUGAAAAUAAUUCCAUCGAUGGAAAAAUUCCGUGCCCUUGUCAAAAAUGUGUGCUUUACUACCACCAAAUUCGGGCUGACGCAUUCGAUCAUCUUGUGGUCAAUGGAAUUAUGCCAGGAUAUGAUUCGUGGUUUUAUCACGGAGAAACAACAUCAUCAUUAAGUCCUUCACAUGGAGUUCAUUUAGAACAGAAGAACUAUAAAAGUGAUGACAUGGUAGGAAUGUUGCAUGAUGCUUUUGGAGUACACAAUCUAGCAGCAGAUAUAGACAUAGAUUGUAGGGACUCUGCAGAGCCAAAUGUAGAUGAUUUUGGUAUCGAACAACCGGCAGAGCAGUUUUCUUCAGAAUGGGAGAAGUUCAAAGAGCUACUAGAAGAUGCCGACGACGAAUUAUAUCUAGGAUGUCGUAAAUUUUCUAAGUUGUCCUUUAUAUUGCAUCUUUAUAAUAUAAAGUGUCGUUUUGGAUGGUCAAAUGAGUCGGUCGGCGCAUUGCUUAAACUUUUAAUAGAUGUGUUUCUUGAGGGUGCAAAGUUGCCGAGUUCUUUUAAUGAAGCAAAGAACAUUAUCGAAGGAUUAGGGAUGAAGUAUAACAAGAUUCAUGCUUGCCCUAAUGAUUGCAUAUUAUUUUGGAAAGAAAAGGAGAAUGAUGAUUUUUGCUCAAUUUGCGGAACUUCUCGAUGGAAAAAUAAUAAAAAAAGUACCCUCAGUGAUGCACCAAUUUUGAAGAAAAAAAAGAAAAGUAUUCCGGCGAAGGUGUUGAGGCAUUUUCCUAUAAAACCAAGGCUUCAGAGGCUGUUUAUGUCAUCUAAAACAUCAGAUUUCAUGACAUGGCAUGAGGGAGGUCGAAUUAAGGAUGGCAUUUUGAGGCAUUCAGCUGACUCUGAAGCAUGGAAGAAUUUUGAUUCUCGCUAUCCAGAGUUUGCCAUUGACCCACGUAAUGUUAGACUUGGAUUAGCGACUGAUGGCUUUAAUCCAUAUGGGACGAUGCGAAGUAACUAUAGUAUAUGGCCUAUUAUUUUAAUCCCGUAUAACUUUCCACCGUGGUUGUGCAUGAAGAAACCGAACUUCAUCCUUUCUUUGCUUAUUCCUGGCCCAAGAGGACCUGGAAAUGACAUCGAUGUGUAUUUGCAGCCUCUUAUAGAGGAGUUGAUUGAACUAUGGGAAGUAGGUGUGGAAACUUAUGAUGCCUCGUGCAAAAAGACUUUCCAAAUGCAUACCGCAGUUAUGUGGACUAUAAAUGAUUUUCCGGCUUAUGGAAAUUUAUCUGGUUGGUCCACUUAUGGUUCUUUUGCAUGUCUGUAA